AACCAUACAACCUUUUACUUUGUCAUGUUUGGCAUCACAAACCAUACUUUUGGCCGAUCAAAGUAGUUUUUUGAAAAAGGACUUCAAUUAGGACUAUGGUUAAUAACACAUAAAUAUGAUUAGCACAGUUCUGACGAGGCAUUAUGACUACUGUUAAUAUCGCAUAAAUGUGAUUAGGCAAUUUCUGAAGUGACAGUGUAACUUCCAAAACAAAGCAGAUGACAACCCAGGAAUACAGUAGGGAUGAGUAAAUUUCAUAUCUGGAGGUCGAAAUGCUACCUGGGGAGGGUUUAGUGGUUGAAGUGAAUUCCAUUUCUGGGUGUAAAGUGGCCCUAACCACGGUUUGUCGUAUAAGCGUUACUGGGUUAACACAUUAACUGGGUUGGCUUGAUGCUGCUUCUAUAUAAACCAUCUGGAAUUGACAGUGACGCGCCAAAGAGUUAUACAAGUUUGCAUUUUGGAAAAAGAGAAAAAAAAAAAAAAUUGGUGCAGAAUCCCGCUCAACUUGGCCCCUGUAUGUAACGUGCCAAUGCUCGUUAUUGGGUGUCAGAUUGAGCAUCAGCAUUUGGCUAAUACGUUUCAAUCCGGAUUUGAGAAGGCUUGUUUUUCGUCUUUGCUCUCUCACUCACUAUCACAGGAUUUAUAGCUGGAGAGUCAACUGGUGAGAAUACUGAAGACUUGCUUCUUUUAUUGUUCAUAAAUGGAUGAAAUUCCUGAUGGUGGUAGUGGUAGCGAGCAAGGGCCUUUUUCUGUUUCACCUACGGAUAAGGGAAGUAAAUACAGGAGAAAAUUAGGAGAUCCAUCUAUAGGGAACUCAAUUAGCAUGCCCCAGUGCCUGGCUGAGUUCCUUAGGUAUGAAUCUCCUAACAUAUCUCAAAGCUCUCCGAGUGAAUUCGCUCUGGAUUCGAGGUUGCAUCAUCAGCCUAAGGGAGGACCAGAGCAAGAAGCAUUUGGACCUGAUUAUUGGGAUGAUCCCAUUGCAUGUCAGCUUGAAGAACUUUUGUUCUCCAAUUUGCAAGUGGCUUUCCAAUGUGCAAUUAGGCGGAUGUCUCAAUUGGGCUAUAGCGAGGAGACGGCUAGAAAACUUGUUUCAAGUGGUGGCUUUUAUCAACAAGGUAAAGACCCCGUGAUGAAUAUCGUAAAUGAUUCUCUGAAGGAUGAUUUUACUGAACGGAGGAAUGUUAAUAUUUCCAGAAAUGACAUGUUUGAUAAUUUAAAGCAACUCAUUGAGUACACCAUGUUGGAAAUUAUUGGUGUAGUUAGGGACGUUAGACCAUCCCUAUCCAUUGGGGAAGUAAUGUGGUGGUUGUUGAUAUGUGACUUGAAUGUUUUACAAGCCAGUGCACUCCAAGUAGAUCCUUCAAGUGCUUUUGGUUGUAAAGAUGUUUCAGGAGAGGGCUCUGAUCAUGCCAUUUCCCAAUUCAGAUCACAAAGAUCCGAAACAAUUAUUCCAAAUCCUAAACAAUCGAAUGUUUGGAAGCCUGGUGCUAUAAAUUCUCUGCCUGAAAAUCUGAAAUUUGGAAGUUUCCCAGCUUCACCAAAACCUAAAGAUCUUUGUUCUCUGGAAGGGGUAACCGAAGCAGAAGAGAGUCCGGUUUCCUUGUCAAGCACUGAAGAGAAAUCCUCAGGUCCCACUGGGGAAUCUGUCCAGAUUUCAUCACCAAUCUUUACUUCUGACGAAAGAUCAAAGGGCCGGAUGAGGAAAGAACUUUCAGCACUUCGGCAGAGGUUCCUUCAUAUGGAGAGAGGUGACAGGACGUCUGGGUCAAGAGGUGGUUCUAGAUCAGGGAAAUUUGCUAGCUCUGUCGGUUUUGUCGUGGAGAAAAGGCUGAAGCCACCAUCUGAACUUCCUGUUAUACAAAUGAAAAAUGCAUCCUCAAAGAAAAGCUCAGAAGUUCAAUCUGAAGUUCCUUUAGCAGAUGGAAGUCGUCCCGUAAACAAGAGUCCAUCUGCUUCUCCUGCAACUGAAAACAAUUCAGGGUUACGUAUUAAAGACACCAUAUCUGUGUUGCCUACUGCUGAAACUAACCUUCCUUUGUCAUCGACUUCCGAAAUGAAAUCCAACCCAAAGCCCCAGAUCAGUAACUCUGAGGGUCCUAAAAUUCCUGAUUACUAUGCUGGAAUUCCAUAUGACAAGUCUCUUGGAAAGUAUCUCCCGCAAAAUGAGAAGGAUGAAAUGAUUUUGAAGCUGGUUCCUCGGCUGCAAGAACUACAGGAUGAGCUACAAGGUUGGAGUGAGUGGGCCAAUCAGAAGGUUAUGCAGGCUGCUCAUAGGCUUUGCAAGGAUCAGCAUGAGCUGAAAGCCCUGAGACUAGAGAAGGGAGAAGCAGAACGAAAUAAAAUAGAGAAGCAAAUGGCGGAGGAGAACACUAUGAAGAAACUGUCCGAGUUGGAGAAUGCCUUGAGUAGUGCCAAUGAACGGUUUCAGAUUGCUAAUUCCGCUGCAGACAAGAUUGAGGAGGAAAAUUCAGUGCUGAGGAGGGAGUUAGAGGCAGCUAGAUUUCAUGCUCUAGGAUCAGCUGCAAGUUAUCGAGAAGCGGUGGAGAGGGAGCAGAUGGCUCUGAAGAAGGCACAAUCACGGGAGGGUGAAAAGGCGUUGUUACAAGAAGAGCUUGAGAGAGAGAAGCACAAGGGAGCUGAACUGCAGCAGAAAUUAGGCAAAGAUAAAAAUCUUCACCGCCAAAUUGAGGCCAGAUGCAAACAGGAGAGGACAACGAAGGAGAAACUACUUGCACAGGCUGCCUCCAUAAAACAGGAAAGGGAACGACUUGAAGCUAAGGCAAAAGCACGGGAUGAAGUGACGAGACAGAAAGCAGAAAGUGUUAUGCAAGAAAAUAUGGAAGACAUAAAAAAGCUUGAGAACAAGUUAUCUGAAAUGAAACUCAAGUCUGAGUCUUCCAUGAUAGCUGCACUUCGGAGAGGUAGUGACAGAAGCUAUGGUAAUAUUGUCCCAACAACAGACAGCACAGGUUUCCAAGCUAUGCAACAAAACCGGAAUCCUCAUGUACUUAACAAGGCUGUGAAUUCACAGAACCGUUUCGGGACUGGCCGCUUAAAACAGGACCGGGAAUGUGCCAUGUGCCUAUCCGAUGAUACUUCUGUUGUUUUCCUUCCAUGUGCACAUCAGGUUAUGUGUGCAAAAUGCAAUGAGCUCCUUGAGAGACAAGGGAUGAAGGACUGCGCUUACUGCAGGACCCCAAUAGAGUGGAGGAUCAAUGUGCGUUUUGCUCGUUAAAAUUGGCUUCUUUUUUCUGUUCCUUUUGGGUUUUUAAUAUCUCUUUACUAGUGGGCUGUCCCAAAAAUAUAAAGAAAGAAAAUAAAAUGAAAGGAUACAAAGUGAGGGGGAAAAAAAUGUAAAAAUUGUCAAGAGUUUCUUUGAGAAGUGUAAAGCA